UGGUUGUGCCUCAGGAGCUGCAUAUCCACCGCCGUAUACUGGAGCUUGUCCAGGAGGUUGAAAUUGACCGCCUCCUUGCGCUUGUCCUCCCAGUGCCGAAUUCGCACCCGCCCCAAAGUCAUAAGCUUGCGCCGCGUAACCUCUCUUCUUCUUCUUCCCUCCAUCGUGCUCGGCCUGCCCAGGUUGGGGAGGAGGCGAUGCGGUCCCAAAGCCAGGCUGCGCUGGGCUCUGCUGCUGUUCAUAAGGAUCCGGGGCAGGAUAGCCUUGAGCUGGAUAACCCUCUUGCGGUGCCGCCAUGUUGGUGGCCGUAGUUCGUUGGAGGAUGCGGGGUGGGUAGUUGCAGCUUCACCAGUGUGCGGGAGCUUGUGAGGAUGUCGGGAAGCCGAGGAGCUCGAGGCAGUUAAUUGGAAAUGUCAAUGUUGGGGUUGCCAGUACGGUACUGCAGAGAGUGGCUACAGAUUCGACGGCGUUGAAAGUGUGGAGGUAGAGAGAGACGGAUCCAGGCCAGGGAACACGUUGCGAUGUUGAACUUGGUCGGUAGGUCGCGGUGAAUCCAGUGAAUUGUCUGGGGAGAUCAGCUUUGGCAGAUGGCGACGAGGUUGGCAAAGAGCACAGUCAUGACAUUGGACAGAUUUCGUGAUGGACUAUAAAUUGCUACCUAUUGUCUAGCCUUGUGGGUGGGUAGGGAGCCGUAGGGACCUGAGCCGUAGCUUCCACCCUACCUACCGCCUGCCCGCAGGAAAUGGAAGGUGUCCAUUCGGGUCACGUGUCUCAUAUCGCCCCGCAUCCAUAUCGCAGCGGGCAGCUCAGAUACAAGAUCCUAGGUUAGAUGACAGUGACUCCCCACCAACCUGGUGCCGUGCCUGUGUCAGUGCUAACCCAGCACUGCUGGUGCUUUUGCCUUCAUCUUCCAAAUAUACUCAUAUCUCCAUCUCAACGCGCAUCAUCUGGGGCUGAGGACCCUAUCUCCAGUUUGAAGAAGCCAAGGAGAACUUCCAUCUCACGCCACUGAUGAUCGUACCUUUCAACACCCGCAGCCCCUCAACCCCAACCCCAACCCCAGACUCAUCGCCCAUCCGAAUCCCGUACCCAUCACCCCAUCCCAGCAGACUCGAGUGAUUCCAAGCUUGACGCCAACGGGAAGCCAUACCAAGCUGGUCGACAGAUUUCUCGAUAUACCGGUACUUGUUUUCGUACCAGCUACAAUUCGGUCGAGGAAACAUUGUGGAUGAUCAUGAAUUCGGCUUCACCAAACGCCUCUAACUCCGGAGGGAAAGUGAUCAAUACUUCCUCGUCCCAUUCGCCUCUCCAACAACAGCACGCUCAAAUUACAUCUCCUAGCUUUGAAUCCGGUUUGAGGCGUUCUGGUCAGCAAUCAAUUCCCAUUCAUGCCACAUCCCGAAACAAUCAAAGUCACAAGAAGCAGCACAAGAACUCCAAGAAAUCGAGUUUUGUAGACGAGGACACAAUGGCAGAAAAUGUGGGUUUGAUAUCUUUCUCGAGGGAUUCAUUAGCUAAUAAUCGAAGGGAGCUAUGAGAAAUCCCAAUGGUCGGAGAGGUCAGACUUCCAUCACUCACCUAAUGAACUUCUCUCUGCCUCCACGACCACAGGACUACCGUAACACCAUGGCGAGGGGAACACGACGAGGUAAUACAUAUGGUAUUGGAUCCGGUCAUCACUCCAGUGACAAGGCAAGGUGAUAACCACCAGUCGUUACAUAAUUAUCACUUCUAACCAUGCUAGGUAUAUACACGCCAAUUAUCGCUUUAUUGUCAAGCCGAAUGGAGAUUACAAACCACAGGCUGUCAAUGCCGAUCAGCAUCUUGACUGGGAUGAUGUUCUCCAAAUUCUUGCUUCCUCAGUAUCUCAGGAGGCAUCGUGUCCGAUUUGUCUCUCCCAUCCAGUAGCACCCAGGAUGGCGAAGUGUGGUCACAUAUUUUGUCUACCAUGUUUGAUUCGAUACAUGCACUCUACGGAUGACGUAAACCCAAUUCCAGAAAAAAAGGCCCGAUGGAAGAAGUGUCCGAUUUGUUGGGAUUCGGUGUAUAUUUCGGAGACCAGACCUGUGAGGUGGUAUACCGGACAAGAGGGAGCAGCUUUAAGAGAGGGUGAUGAUGUGGUUUUGAGACUCGUUAUGCGACAACCUGGGAGCACUUUGGCUCUACCCCGUGAUGGCGCCGAUGUACUCGAGAAAGCAGAAGAUGUUCCUUGGUAUUUUGCUGCUGAAGUCAUGGAUUAUGCCCGAAUCAUGAAGGGUUGUGAGGAUUACAUGAUUGAGCAAUUCGAUAAUGAGAUUAAAGAGCUUCAGAGGCAGGAAACGGAAGAUGAGCUGAUGUUUGGAGAAGAGCCUCAGUGGACAAGAAAGGCUGUAAAUGCUGUCAAAGAAGCCAAGGAGCAAGUUCAAGGCAUCGGUAACCCGCCUCCUCCAAAGGAACCGACUGAGAAGAAGCCCAAGCGACUACCGAUACAGUUUACAUCAAUCGAGGAGGCGCCAGAAAUGUAUUUUAUACAAAAUUCUUUAAAAUCGGGAAUGGAUGCGACGACCAGCUCACCUGAAAUGUCGACACCAGGCGUUACACCUAAUAGUCAAGAAGCGGUGGAGUCUACAACAGGUCACACCAAUCCUAACGAUCAAAAGUCAAUUCCAGCGGCCUCAAAACCACGUUCCCGCACAGUGAGCGAAGCCCAUCAUCCAGAUGCACCAUACUUUUUCUAUCAAUCCCUUCUCCAUUACUAUCUUGCACCACUUGAUAUUCGAAUCCUUAAAUCGGCUUUUGGAAACUUUGCAUCCUUUCCAUCAACGCUUCUUCCCCGCGUCGAGCGCAUUUCUACCGGCAACAUAAUGGAUGACGAGUUACGAAAACGAACGAAAUAUCUUUCUCACCUUCCGUAUGGCUGCGAAGUCGGCUUUCUCGAAUGUAAUUGGACUGACGUGGUAGCACCUGAUAUUUGUGACCAGUUUAAACCCGAAAUUGAGAAGAGAAGAAAGCGAAACAGAGAUAAAGAAAAUCGAGAGGAAAAAGAUAGGGUACGAGCCGAGAAAGCAGAAGAUGAAGCCAGAUGGGCCAAUGCGAGAAGGAAACGCCCAACAGAUUACGCUGGAAACUAUUCCGAGGACGAUUUUCAUCCGCUGGCCCCGUCAUCGUUCGAUCCAAAUAAUUCAUCCCCUCCCUGGCCAUCUCGUCAACGGUCUUCCUUUGCUACCCUAGCCUCCCCUUCCACGAGCCCAAAUGCUCCAAGGACAGUCUGGGGAACCGCAAUGAGGGCUCCAGCAUCACCAGAGUUCAAUCCCCAACCGGUUCGAAAUGAUGCUGAUGACGGAUGGUUACAUUCGUGGGAGCAGGAGUUGCAGGCGGAAAAUGAUGAACUGAUUGCACAGGUCCAGGCAGCGUCGCUAAAUGGUGAGAGUAGCACAAGUGUUCUGCCCAUAAAUACCGGUGGCGGCCAAGGCAAGAAGAAAAAAGCGAAAAAGAUUACUUUGAUGAGUACUACUGCCAGAAGAGCAGCUUGAGAUGUUCCAUUUGUGGUACACAGAGUCCAGCCAGAAGUGUGGUUAGCUUCUUAACGAUUACACCUUGUUCCAUUUGUAGCAUGGGGGAUGUUGGGGAGGAGUAAGAAGAAGAAGUUGGCCUUGAUGUGAGGGUUUGGAAUAUAUGGCGGAUUGAGUUUGGAUGGGAGGUUCACAGGAAGUGUUGCUGUUGAGG